AUGGCGCCGAAGGAUGCUGCGCGCGCGACACCACGGGCACGCGCUGCCGGGCGUUUCCGAACAUCCCAUCAGGGCGCGCGUCUCGACCGCUCUGCGUGCCUCCUUGACUUGUGCUGGCAGCGAGUGGGCGCGAUGGCGGGGUCCAAGGUAGUCAACGCGUACCUCGCUGCGUACAACCUUACGCAGACGUGCGGGUGGGCGUACGCGCUGUACCAAUGCGUCGUCGGAUUCAAGGCGGGAGGCGUCCCUGGGGUGUACCCAGCAGCUGUCUGGGCCGUCGGCACCUUCCAGCUCCUCGCGUUCAUGGAGGUCGUGCACGCGGCGCUGCGCAUCGUCCGGUCGUCGCCCGUGCAGGCGCUGAUGCAGUGGGGGGGUCGCAGCCACGUGUUGUUUGCGCUGCUCAAGCCCGUGGCCGCCGUGCACCCCACGCCGUUCGCGGCCGCGCUGUUCGCCGCCUGGGCGAUCUCGGAGGUCUGCCGGUACCCGCUGUACCUCCUCGGGGCGCUCGGGCUGGGCGGGUCCUCGCUUGGGAAGGUUGUAGAGGCCGUGCGGUAUAACGCAUUCGUGCCGCUCUACCCGGUCGGCGUGGCCUCGGAACUCGCGAUCAUGUACCUCGCGCUGCCCGUCGCGGAAGCGGCGGGGUGGUACUGCAUCAGGCUCCCAAAUGCAGUCAACUUCGCAUUCUACUACCCCUGGUUCCUCCGCGGGCUCAUGGGCGUGUACCCGAUCCUCUGGCUCCAGCUCUACACGUACAUGUUCCGGCAGCGGGCGAAGUGGGCACGCGGGGGCUCGAAAGGCAAAAAGGACUGA